GUAUUUACACUGCUAUCCUGAUGCGCUCAUAGCUCAAUAGCUAAGAAGGCUCAUGACCAAGGAGUUUGCAGUUUGCCACGUACAUAUAUACGUCGACGGCUACAUUCUGGACCUAUGAUUAUGUAUGUUCACUUCAUGAAGAGUGGACGUUUUUGCAUCUAUCGAACUGGAGCAAGAUGAAAGGCUUGUAUAUUGUAACAAGAUACCUUCCCUUUGUCGUUCUCAUCACAGAUCUGUAUAUGAGCUUUACCCCGAAUGAGAACCAAAGUAAAUGCAGGAUGUUGGUCAAUAUUAGCUCAGGGUUUGAGAUGAUAUUAGCCAUUUUCUCCGCGUGUUUUUUCAUCCUCAGAACAUAUGCACUCUGGAACAGAAAUAGAAUCUUGCUCGUAACCCUCCUGGGCAUUUUUUUCCCGUUUCUCGUAGCAUCCGUCAGCAUUAUCGUCGACACUACCGUUUCUGCGACAUAUGCGAGUAGCCCGAUCCCGGGCAUCACAGGGUGUUACCAGAGUUCAACCAGUGACCGGAUUUUUAUCCCAUUCCUUCUCUUUUCUGUGUUCGGACUGGGGCUCAUGAUCCUCACGCUCAUACGUGCCAUACAUAGCUGGCGGAGAAAUCCAAGCCAUCUGUAUGUUGUCCUGGUGAACCAUAACAUAUUCUAUUAUGCUUGCGCUUUCUUAUUCUCGACAAUGAACAUCUUCACAUCGCUGCUCCUCCAGGAUACGUACCGGACCGUUUUGAAUAGUUUCCAGUUUUUGACCCUCGCGAUUGUUGCCGCGCGCAUGCACAUCCAUCUCUGGCAGACAAGCCAACAUCUACGCGGCUUGGUUCAUAUUCCAUUGUCCGACAUGUCAUCUGUGAACGUCACGGAGUGAUGUCUUGUCCUGCGGUUUAUUCAGUGUCGCUCAUAGAGCGAGGCUUGGACCACACGAGAUGAUUGGUGGGGAUUUGGUAGAGUUCGUCACAUGUUUGAUGUACAGGAUGAGUCUGUUGCGGGGCGCGUGGAGCAUUUGGAUGUCCUUGGUCCAUUUAACAACUGUAGUUUCAGCUACUAGUACACACGAUAAUGUAUACUACGACAAAGUGCACUUGGUCAUCCAUGCAUACUUA